UGCCGAGUGCGCGAAGUUUUGCGUGUAACAUAAAAGUGUAAAUGUUAUAAGCAUUACUGUAACAAAUAACCGAUAUAAUAUACAUUAUAGUAAUACAAAUACUUAAAAAAAAGGGUUGCCACGAUUUUAACCACGUACUUCUUAAAAUUAUUUAACAUAAUGGUGCAAAAAGGCAUUCGUCCUUUAGUUUUUUGCGGCCCGUCGGGAUCAGGAAAAAGCACAUUGCUAAAACGCCUUCUCAAAGAAUUUCCCGACAAGUUUGGAUUUAGCGUGUCGCAUACAACGAGAAAACCUCGACCUGGUGAAAAAGACGGUGUUCAUUAUCAUUUCACAGCCAAAGAUGAGAUGAUUGCUGCCGUUGAGAGAGGUGAAUUUAUAGAAACUACUACAUUCAGCGGAAAUAUGUAUGGAACAAGUAAACGAGCAAUAGAAGAUGUUCAUCGCACUGGAAAAACUUGCAUACUUGAUAUUGAUAUUGAAGGCGUAAAACAAAUAAAAGCCACUGACUUGGAACCUUUGCUGGUUUUUGUGAUGCCACCAUCUAUUGAAGAACUGGAACGGCGUUUACGAGCCCGUAACACGGAGCAAGAGGAUGCUUUGAAAAAGAGAUUGGAAGUUGCCCGUAAAGAAAUUGAAUUUGGACAAGACCCGAGAAACUGUCACAUUAUUAUUGUCAAUGAUAAUCUGAUUAAGGCUUAUGCAGAGCUGCGGGAAUUCGUCGUGAAGAAUGUGAAGGAUAACAAACCAGAAACAAAUCCAUCACAGGAGUGAGCAAGCAUGCUUGAAAAUUACAAAAAAAAUAACAAAUAUUAUAUUUGUUACCUUGCCAUUACUAAGAGUUUAAUCGAUGUUGACAUAUGUGUGGUUUGAAUAUUUUUUGUUAACAUAGAAAAUGAUAUAAAUUCUAUUUAUCCAACUUAUGAACACACUGCCUCAUUAAUAUAACAAAGCAAUAAUGGGUCUUAUAUAUACAUUUAUCAAAAGCUAAAAAUUGUAUCAUGCAUAUAGUGCAUCUGUAAUUUAUUUAUAUAUAUUAUAUAAUAUAUAUUGUGUGUCCAUACUCGAAGAAGAGAUUUAUGAGUGGCGAAAAAUAAUUAUUAGUAUGAUCAAAUAAAAGCAAACAUUUUUUUCUAAUUAAGUUAUUUUGAAUGAAUAAAUUAUAUGACCCGAAUUUAUUAUUUAAUUUUUACGUUGUUAAUAUACCUUAAGUAAGCCAAAUCACUUGGAUAGGGCACGAGAUCGGACGCCAUUUAUAAAUCUUUUCUAUAUUGACAAGCUAUGUACUAAAUCUAGAUCUGAUAAUACUUAUAAUAUAGGACCCAUUGAAUUGUAUUUAUGAAAACAAAGUUUCACAUUUACGGCUUUGACUAUGCACAUUAAAUGUGUAAGUAUUAAUUAAAACAGUGAAUGAUAAUGGAAAUUGUUUUCCGAAAUAUUUUAGCAUAAUAAUUAUAAUACUUCUAAGAAGUUUAUAGCAAUUUUUUUCUUUUUUAAUGACUUUAAAUUUUGACAGUUGUUAAGUAAAGUUUACUGAAACAGAUAAUUAAUAAAUGACAUGUGUAUAUAAAAGCUGACUAUAGAAUAUUGAAAAUAUAUUUGAAUUUGCAUAAUUAAAAGCCCUGAUUUUUUAUAUUGUAAAAAAGUAUUACAUAGUACAAAUGAGUGACAUAAACUGAAUGCCUUAAACUGUGAAAUAAUGACUUUAAGUCAUACACAAUAUUUUUUAUUUUUUCAAGAAUUCUUUAUUUUUUUGAUGUGCAUUUAAUUUUAUUUUUAUUUUAAGGAAUUAUAAUUUAGUAAAAGAAAUAAUUUAAAAUUCAGUUAUCACAACUAAUUCCAAUUGCAAUUUGAGUAGUGUUGUGUGAGAAUAUCUCUGUUAUAAAAAGGGUUUUGUGAAAUUUAAGAAUUAUUCAUGAAAGAUAUACUUAUGGUUUUUAAAAACUUUAAACUAGUACUAGUAGCCACGUAGUUAGAAAAUUUGUUUUAUUAUUGUGUUGUUUUAUUACAAACUAUUGGUUUGAAUUACUGGUUGUAAUAACCAUACUUUUCAAAGAUACUAUUUGAAAGUAUAAUUCGAAAAAAGCGUCGCAGCAUAAAAACCUAUUAAUAAUUAAGAGUAGUACGACACGUAGACCUCUCAACUAACUAACAUUUUACGAUAGUGACGAUAAAACGAUUGUUAAUAACUCUUAGACAAUAGCCAAUGACAAGGAGAGGGAGUGGGAGCUGGUGAGGGCCCUUAUUAGCUUCGACGUUUAGGUAUAAUAUGACAGAGUAAUACGUAGAGCGGAACAAGUUCUAAGACGAUGACGAUCUUUAAAAUAAAAUUACAUGGCCAAAAGAUAACUGAAAAUGUGUCUUGUGUCUAAAUAAAGGACGCAUAAUAAAUGAUGAAGAAUCUAGGUCUGUAAACCCAACAACAUAGAAAAUCCGAAAUACCUUAUACAUAUAUAUACUUAUUAGCCGUGAAUAGGCUUAAUAAACAUUUCCUAUGGACUUGAUUUCAUGGACUUCAUUUCCAUGGACAUAAUUUUGAUUGAUUGCAUCCACAUUAAAAAUCAAAAUUUCACAAAACCCUUUUUUUAUUAUACCUCUCAAAAUCUAGGUAUCCUACAAAAUGUAAAGCAUUUCUCUUAUAAUUUUAAGUCUUGACUACCUUAUUAUUCUAUAAAUUAAUAUGAUUAAAGAUUUUUUUAAUUAACGUAUGUGCGAAAAUAUAUUGUUAAUUGCGAGCAGACAGACAUUAUACUUCAGCAUGAACUACUUGCAACUAAAAAUACCUUAAGAACUACAGGGAAAAUAUAAUAUUCUAACAAAAUAUUUUUAAAUAAAAUUGGUUAUUAAAAGAUUUCUGAGAGCAUUUCUCUUAGUUAGCCUUUAAUAAAUAUGUAACUUUAUUAAAACACUAAGUUCAAAUACAGCAUAAUUAUUGGACACUUUUCUUUGUCUCCAUUUAAGAAAAUAAAGAUUUAUGAAAAUUAGUAAUAUAUAGUGAUGUCCUAUUUUUUUAAUAAUAAAUAAAAAAGCUUUUGAAUGUUCAUUAGAAGAUUUAACAUUGUCUUGAAUAUAUUUAGAGUGCAAUAUCGCGCAUAAUAAAUAUAUUUAUUAUGAAAUAUAAGUUACCAUUUCAUGUUGUUCUCGCUAGACAUGUUUUUUUUUAAUAAUUCACUAUAAAAUAAUGUUGUAUAAUAUAUUAUAAAAUAAUGUUGUGAUCGGAAUAAACACAACCGUUUAUUCCGAUCACAACUCAAUACUGCCUCUUGAUGUCACACACAGUUAUGCUUUUACAGAUUGACUUUACACAGACAUGCUUUGAAAUUACAACAUUUUUAAUACAUAAGAAUUUGAUUCUAAUCGCUAUUAUAUACUUGAUUAUGAUUAUGUAGUGAUCAUAUAUUGUUCAAGUAGAUUUAGCAAGCGUAGAUUUGUGUCAGAUAAAAUUAAUUCAUAAAAUGAAUCGCUACAGUAAAUGUUGUAUGUGAUUGUGUAUGUUAGUAAAUAGUAUUUAGAUUCACCAUUAUAUGUUUAUGAUGGCUUAAAACUAUUCAAAUUUUAGAUUGCUUGUAAAUAUAUUAUUAUAUAUCUUUCAAAGGCAUUUUUAACUUCUAAAUGUUAUGCAUUUUUUAUAAUUAAUAAAAUUUACUUAGUACCUUUUAAUUAUUGUAAUGUUGUCUCAAUAGUAUGUCUUAAUACUAGUUGUUUAUAUAAUCUUAUAUUUAUGACAUGCCCAUGUAAUGAUUAUUUUAACAUAAAACUAUAUACUUAUUCAUUAAUUAAAAUAAACAAAUGCUAUAACAUUCCUUACAAAACUAUUUUCAUUUGU